AUGAUUGCUGAAGUUGUGCUCUUUGGUUUAUUGGCUAUAUUAACUGGUUUAUUGGCCUAUAAACCAUUACUUCAAAUCUUGAACAAAUCCAAAACUAAUGCUGCUGCUCCAAAGAAGAAACCUGCUGCUGCUGCUCCAAAAAAGGUUCAUUAUGAUGCAAAUGCUCCAAUUCCUGAACCAACUCCUUUAGAUAUCACUCCAGAACAAGUUAAAACUUAUGAUGAUAGACCAUGGAGACCCUUCCGUUGGCCAUAUCAUCAAACCAUGUCUAUUUAUAAAUUAGAUAUUAAUCAUUGGUUAGAUAUGGAUAAAUAUUAUUGGCAUUAUAUUGAAGAGAAACAAAGAAUUCAUCAUAAAUAUGGUGAUUUAAAUUUUGGUUGGUUAGAAGAAUCUGAUGCUGCUUGUGAAGAAUUAUUAGAUACUGUUGUUUCUCAUAUGUUGAAACGUUAUCCAAAAUUGUUUACUUCAAAUGAUAAUGGUGUUCAUGUUAAAAAUGAGUUAACUGGUGAAGUUAUGGAUUUAUCUCGUCCUUUAAUGGAACACCCAAUGAUGUAUGUUUCAAGAAUGGCUAAAGAAGAUUUUUAUCUUGUUCAAAAAAGAGAUGAUGGUUUACAUUAUUUAACUGCUGCUGCUGUCCCAUUCCCAGGUGGUUCAUUUGAUAUUAAACCAAAGUUAGGUAAAAAUUUAGAUAUAAUUCAUACAAAUGUUCCAUAUUAUGAAUCAAAAUUGAAAAAAUCAAUGGAAAGAUGGUUUUCCAAGAUGACUGCAAGUGAUCCAGUUGAAAGAGCUUCAUGGUUUUUAUCAUGGGAUUAUGAUUUAUUUUGUAGUGCAGUUCAUACAGUUCCAAAUGAUAGUAAAAUUGAUCCUUCAGUUGAUCCAAAAUCUUUUAUUGUUAGAGUUGAACGUCAAGCUUUAAGAAGAUUACCAAAAACUCAAGCUAUUAUUUUCACAAAUCAUCCAAUUCAUUAUACAAUUGAAGAAAUGAAAGAUGAACCAAUGAUCCCUUCAUUAUUGAAGAAAAUUAUGUAUGAAGCACCAGAUGAUAUUGUUAAAUAUAAACAUUUUGAAAGUUUUAGAGAUCAUUUGGUUCCAUAUUUAGAUUCAUUAAUUCAACGUCAAUUAGAUUUAGGUAUAAUUACAGAAGAAACUCCAUUGAAAACUCAAUCUUCAUAUCCAUUUGCUCAUUGGGUUGAACAAAGUGAUGAAACAAAAGGUUGGAAUAAUGCAAAAGUUGAAGAAGAUAAUGCUGCUUAUGAAAGAUUAAAAGCUGAUGCAACAGCUCAUGAAGCAGUUUUAGGUAAAGAUCAAGUCACAAUUGAUUCCAAACAAAAGGUUGAAAAGAUUCAUCAACAUUAA